AGAGCCAAACCAGAGAGUUAUGGAGGUGCAGAUGUCAGACUGAGAUGAUUGAUUUUGCUUGUCUUUGCUUGUCUGAAGCUUCACAUGACCCUGAGACACAGCAACCGUCAUAAACAUGAAUCAGUAGUCAAGCAUCUGGAUUUUGAUCACAUGACUGUUGGAAGAAAUCUCCUUCUAGGUUCUGCUCCAAGUGGGGAAAAAGACACUGGAAACAUGGAGACUGCUUGGAAAGAUGGCUUAAUGGUGGACAGGAUCACAUGGCUUGAGUUCCUGAACAGAAAAGGGGCAGAUACGGGGAGUCCUUGGGUUUUUAUGCUCUCUCUGGCUUUGCAUUUCUUGGGGCCCCAAAAGAGUAUCCUGAUUGGUUGUCAGACUCCCAGGGGGUUGGGGUCUUAGCUAGCCUUGCUGGGUGAUGUAAUCUUCCCAGGUGCCAUGUGGUGAGUUUCUGCUGCUAUUGUGUAGAGGGCUAAUCCUAUCUUUGUUGGAUUCCUACAAUUCCUACUAUGGCUCUGCCUGAAGGAGGCAGAUCUUUGUUAUGUAGAAUAGACUGGCCCAGGCCUUAAUGGCCCAUUGACAAAUGGUGGGGGGCAGGAAGGUGGGAGCUGCUUCAAGACAUGCUUAUCCCAGGGAAAUAUAAUAUUCUGCCUUUUUCAUAUUUCCUAAAAUAUUUCACUCUUCCAGGAAAGGGGUGGGUGCUAACUUCCUACAUGACCAUGGGGAUUCUGCAACCGUCUUUAGCGCUAGGGACGGACAUAAGUCAUUUUUUCCAGGACCGUUGUAGCUUCGAAGGGCCGCUAAAUGAAUGGUCGUUAAGUCAAGGACUGGUUGUAAAGCAGGCAUUAUUUGUUGUUAUGGCACAAUCAUGAAUGUUAGUCAUUUUAGGAGAUAUGUUGUAAGUUGAGGACUGUUCUGUUAGAAUCAGUGCAUCAGGCAGCCUCCUUUUCCUGCCUACUCCAGCUUUCUUCCAAAUGGGAGAUUCCCUUCUAAAUGUGCUGGUUCACACACUCCCCUCCUCCCAUUCCUGGACUUUCUCCUCUCCCUCGGGGUUGGACUAGAAGACCUCCAAGGCCCCUCCAAGCUCUGUUAUUUUGUUAAAGGACGAUUCCUUCCUAACUUUGCUGCUCUGCAUCCUCUUCCCUUCCCUCCUCCCAACCUGGGCUUCGUCCCCUCCCUCUCGCCCCUCUUUCUCUGACUGCCCGGGGCAAAGAAGCAAUGGAUUCGCUGCCCAGCUGACCAUCCCAUGGGGGGAUGGGGGGAAGGGGCAGGCAGGGGGAUUCCCCCCCCCGAGUGGGCGGCGCUCUCCGCCCUUUAGAGAAUGGGAGAAGCUGGACGGAGAAGGGAGGAGCUAUAAGAGCUUCCAGCUUGGGGUCUGCAAACUCCUGGGUGGGGUCGUUCCGGGGAGGGGGGAUCCACCUGCGCGGCCGGGAAGGAAGGAAGCUUAGCCGGCGGAGCUGCGAGGAAAGCGCAUCUUUUCCUGCCCGCAUCUUUUGGAACCAGAACAGAGUUCCUUCCUUUCUUCCUUCCUUCUCCCCACCUGGUAAUCCUGGAGGAAAAUACUUGGCUGGGGUCAUUCCGAGAAGGGGGAUCCACGUGUUUGUCCGGCGGCAAUCGCGGAUCUUUUCCUGCGCGCAUUUCUUGGGGAGCGGAGUCCGGGCGAGGAAGAGAGCCGCCUCUUUCCUAUCCAGCGUCAGAUCUUCGAGGCUUGGAGUUCAAUGGCUGCGAAAGCGGCGGGGAGAAAAGGGGGCGAUCCCUCCCAGGAGCCGUUCUUUCGGGGAGUUGCUCAAGAGGAGCCGCCUCCGGAGGGAGAAUCGGACACUUUCAUGGCCUUGUCUUCAUCUCCUGGAAACUCAGGAUUUGAUAUCGCUUGAGGAUGUAGCUGUGUUUUUCUCCGUGGAGGAGUGGGCCCUGCUGGAUUCUGAGCAAAGAGCCCUGUACCAAGAGGUCAUGCUAGAAAACAAGAGGAACAUGGCCUCCUUAGCAGGUGACGGAUGGGAGAUGGAGGAUUCUGGCCAAGAGGUAGCAGCACCUUUGCCAAAAGACAAAAAAGAAGUCGUAGAAAAGAUGUACGGAAAGCAAAGUUCAGAGCAAAACGAGUUAACGGUUGAGCUGGAGAAUUGUUCUGGUUUACCUUGUCCAGAUCCCAAUGUCUUAUUGGACGGAGAUGACUGCCAAGAAAAAGAAGUGUGUUCAAGGUGUGGGAAAACACUCCGAGAUGAAUCUGGAUUAUGUGACUGUUACGAAAUCCCUGCUGGAGAGAAACAAGAUGAAAGCAGGGAACACUCCAGAGGGACCCUUCCUCCUCCUUUACAUGAAAGCAUACAAGAAGGAGGGGAAAUGUACAAAUGUACGGAGUGUGCAGAAAGCUUCAGUACAAGCCGCUCCCUUGCAUCACAUAAAAAAAUUCACAAAGCAGAGGAUCCACACAAAUGUCUGGAUUGUGGAAGGACCUUCAGGCAGAAAAAUCACCUUAAUUCACAUAAGAGGGUCCACGAAGAGAAGCAUCAUCAUCAAUGUAUCACCUGUGGAAAGACUUUCGGAAGCAGCACCUCCCUUACUUCCCAUCAAAGCAUCCACAGAGAGGAGAAGUUGCAUCAACGCAGGAAGGGUAGAACAAGGUUUACUCAGAACAAGGAACCAAAUUCCAGGAAAAGAAGCCUGACUGGGAAUAAAUCAUGUAAAUGCCUGGAAUGUGGGAAGAGCUUCCGCUAUGCAAGUGACCUCACUUACCAUAAUAGGAUCCAUACAGGAGAAAAGCCGUAUCAUUGCACGGAGUGCGGAAAGAGCUUCACACAAAAAGGCAAUUUUAAUUUACAUAAGAGGAUCCACACUGGAGAGAAGCCAUAUAAAUGCACAGAGUGUGGAAAAUGCUUCACUGCGCCAGGUACCCUUACUUCCCAUAAGAAGAUUCACACAGGGGAGAAACCCUAUGAAUGCUUGGAGUGUGGAAAAAGUUUCAAUAGACGUAAUAUGCUAACUAAACAUAAUAGGAUGCAUAAAGGGGAGAAGCCUUAUAAAUGCCUGCACUGUGGAAAGAGCUUUAGUCAAAAAGUUCAUCUUAAGUCACACGAGAGGAUCCACACGGGGGAAAAACCAUUUCAAUGCACGGAGUGUGGAAAGAGCUUCCAUUGCUCUGCAAACCUUACUGCCCAUCACAGACUCCACACAGGGGAGAAGCCCUUUCAGUGCCUGCAGUGUGGAAAGCGCUUUGCCAGAUCUGGUGGCUUUCAUGCCCACAAACAGACCCACACAGGGGAGAAACCGUACAAAUGCCUGGAGUGUGGAAAGAGCUUCUGUGACUCCAGCCACUUAAAGUCCCACAGAAGUGUCCACACUGGAGAGAAACCACAUCAGUGCACCGAGUGUGGGAAGCGCUUCACUAAUCCACGGAGUCUUAAUCUCCAUAAAAGGACCCACACAGGUGAAAAGCCCUAUAAAUGCACUGAAUGUGACAAAUGCUUCGCUGAUUUGAGUGCUUUCUCUCGUCACAAAAGGCUCCACACCGGGGAGAAACCAUAUGAAUGCCGCAGGUGUGGAAAGAGCUUCAAUGUAAAAAGAAGCUAUAUUGUACAUAGCAGAACCCACACUGGAGAGAAACCAUAUCAGUGCCAGGAGUGUGGAAAAUGCUUCAGUGAUUCUGGAGAACUGACGAUCCAUAAAAGAAUUCACACAGGGGAGAAACCAUAUAAGUGCACGGAGUGUGGCAUGAGUUUCAGAAUAAGCAGUAGCCUUGGUAUCCACAAGAGGACCCACACUGGGGAGAAACCAUAUACAUGUCACGAGUGUGGAAAAAGCUUUAGUCAAAAUAGUUCACUCAAGAACCAUAGAAGGCUUCACUCAGGGGAGAAACCCUAUAAAUGCCUGGAGUGUGGAGAAUGUUAUAAUGAGAGUGGCAGUCUUACCUCCCACAUGAGGAUCCACACAGGAGAGAAGCCGUUUAAAUGCAUCGAGUGUGGAAAGAGUUUCCGACUCAGCAGUCAUCUUACAGUCCAUAAGAGACUCCACACAGGGGAGAAGCCGUACCAGUGUGUGGAGUGUGGAAAGAAAUUCAGAACCUGUAGUGACUUUAAUCGACAUAAGAAGACACACAGUAGGAAAAGUCGUUAAUUGGUUUGUGUUGAUUCUCAAAAUUGGUGUAUGGAAAAAGGGUUCCAACAUAGUAGAAGGUUUUGAUCUAUUAAAAAUAAUUGUUUCCUUGUAUAAUCGGGAAUUAACUUUUGGAUAACAUGUUUUCCCCUGUUAUCCAGCUAUGUCAGGUAUUCUGGGAGUUGAAGUCCACUAUUCCUAAAAGGGCCAUACUUCCCCACUUCUGCUGGGCAAGUCCCAGCUUUGAAAAGAGUUCCUAUCAUCUGAUAAGGAAGGUGAACAUUAUAUAAACAUAGAAUAACAUACAUAGAAUUGGGAGGGACCUUGGAGGUCUUCUAGUCCAACCCUGUUUGAGGAGGAGGAGUCUAUACCUUUUCAGACAAUUGGCUGUCCAGUCUCUUCUUAAAAGCCUCCAGUGACCUUAGUCAGGAUUCUGGGGAUCAAGAUUCGUACCUUGAAAUGGCUGAAAUAAAGACCUAUGUCCCAUAUCUGGGGAAGGUGAUAGAGAAACCACAACAGGCUUGCUAAAAAUCCUUAUCACUACAGGAUUUGGCCAUGGCUUCUUUGGUACCUUCCUUACUGUAUCUCCUGUCAAUCAAAGAACUAUAUUUCCUGCUGAUAUAACUUAAAUAUAAAAGCAUUAAAGAAAUUCUGUCAGGUCU